AUGGUGAUGAAACGACGAUUUUUCGAUGUAAGUUGCUAAAUUUCCUCUUCUUCUUCAAGAAAUCAAUAAUUGUUUGCAGAUCGAAUCGAUAUUCUUCGCCGUCGUGCAUGUAUUCACCGCCCUAUUGACCAGCUAUUUUCACCAUGUUGAUUAUACUCAAAAAAGUCAAUUGUUUUUCAUGGCGGCUUUGAAAACUGAUGGAGAAGUGCGUGAAUUUCUGCAAGAAAUCAAUUUUUAUUGGUAUUUUGUGACGGCGGCUGUCAUUUUUUCUUAUUUGCAAUUCUUCUGCUGUUUCUGUUAUAUAUAUAAUUAUUUUAAUGUUGAACCAUUUAUGAUGGUUAUUGUUGCGGUGAGCAAUUUUUGAUGAAAAGGGCAUCUAGAUAACCUGAGUAAUCUCAAAUUAAAGAUGAUUUUUCAAUCAAAAAAAUUUUUCAGAUGUUCCAAUCGUUUUGCUACACACUAAUCUACAAAAUGCUAUCAAUUCAUCAUGAAAAAGCUGAAAAAUUGAAAAAAAUUUCGCCACACGCGAAAAGGUUCGAUGUGAAUCUGGUCUAUGUUAUGAUUCCAUUGACAAUUAUCUUUUUGGCUAUAUCGAUUUUUACGGUUUUGUUCUACACUUUAUGUGUCUAUAUUGUUUGUACCAAAUCGAAGCGAAUCGAUAAGAAAAAGUGA